AUGGAAGAAUUCGUGGAUUUGGCUGUUAUUCAUAUCUUCCUAACCCAGAACCCUGUUCUUACUCUUCUUGCUGAUACUUACUACUCCAUCCAUGUGAGGACCAAGAAGAAGAAAGGAACCAUCGUCUUCUAUACCUCUUUGCUAUAUAGAUGGUUUAUUUCACAUCUACCCAGCAAAGGCCCCUUCGUUGAAAAUAAAGACAAUUUGAAGUUGUCCCAACGGAUGAUAUCCUUGAAUGCCGAAGACAUUAACUGGUAUUCUCGAAUCUAUGACAGCGUCAAGCUCAUCCUCAACUGUGGUGAUUUUCCUAAUGUACCUCUUCUUGGUACGAAAGGGGGAAUCAAUUACAAUCCGAGGUCGGCAUUACGACAGUUGAAAUACCCCAUGGUAGAUAAGCCUGAUCUCAAAGGAGUAGAAUGUUUCGUCUUGUAUGAAGGGAUUGAAGAUCCAGAAUUAGUCAAGAAGAUCGUCAAGGCUUGGGGAGAAAUUUGUCUUCAAGGGAGAGCAGAAAUGGGUAAGAAGAAUUGCGUUGCCAAGGAAGCUUACACCAAAUGGGUAAAAGACAUGGUUAAUGAAAUUUUGCUGCCAUUUCCAUAUAAACCAUCCAUGAGCAUCAAGCCUCCUGAGCCAGUAAUCCAUCAAACUUCUGAGGUUGAUAAGCUAAAAAGAGUUAUCAAGGCCCUAGAGGAAGAGAACGCUGAUCUAAAAUCUAGACUUGGUAAGAUCUCCUUGGAGAAAGAAACUUUGAAGUUCAACCUGAAUCAAAAAAGAGCUAGGGUGCAUCAAGUAGAUGACGAAGUGCAGACUGAGGUAUUCAAAAGAAUAAAGGUGGGUGAUACACUCAAGGGAACUUAUGCUAGUUUGAAAGCGAAGAAGAAACAGUUAGUCGGGACUCAAUACCAGGCUUGCAAAGCAAAGCUUAAUUACAGAGAACAGACCAAGAAGCUCCGAGACCAGCUGGAAGCUUGCAACAAAGGGCAGAAAGAUGAGCAAAGCUGCACCAAACAGUUAGAGGUCACUCUUCGCAAGAACCAGUACGAGCUAAACUAG